ACGGACGGACACAAAGGAGACGCGGCCGGUCGCGGCCCGCGGCCUUAUCACGGCACAGUCGCGCCGCGCCCGCCGCCGCGAACACAGCACGUCGCCGCUCUCUCCCGCGUCUAGUCUAUACGUGCCCAGGACCGAGGUCCGCUGUUCCUCCUGCCAGUGCUAGUGCCGAAGUGUGGAUGUGUGACGCCAUCAUCGCCGACCUGUCGGACAUAGUCAGCGGCGCGCACGUGCCCCGCAAAUCUGGUGGCGGCGCGAUGUCGAGCAAGGGCAAGCGCCCCAUGCGCGCGCUGACGGCCGGAGACAAGAUCGAGGCCAUCCAGCGCGUCAACGACGGCGAGUCCAAGGCGUCCGUGGCGCGCGACAUCGGUGUGCCCGAGAGCACCCUCCGCGGCUGGUGCAAGAACGAGGACAAGCUGCGCUACAUGUCGUCCCGCCGCUCCUCGCCCGACACUGACGCCAGCGACGAGCCGGCCAAGCGCGCGCGCACCGAGUCCCCCCCCGCGCCGCCCAGCCCGCCCGCCGCCGCGCCCCCGCCCGCCGAGCCCGUGGAGCUCACCACGCGCCGCGACCCCGCGCCCGCCGCGCCCCCCGCCCCGCGCCGCCACGACCCCGGCGCCAGCGCCUCCAUGUCCGCCAUCAGCCCGCUGUCCGGCCUCGCGCAUCUUGCGCCGCAGCUGUCCCACUCGCACCUCGGCCUCAGCUUCAACGAGAUCGCCACCAACCUGAGCCUGCUGGCGCAGCUCAACCCCGCGCUGUCGCUGGCGGGCGGCGCGGCGCCGGCGCGCGCGCUGCGCUCCGUGCGCUCGCCCAAGCCCGCGCCCGCCGCGCUCAACCUUAGCGACAAGCGCAAGCACCACGACCACCACGCGCACCGCAAGCCCAAGGACCCCGUCGACGACACGCUCUGGUACUGGCUCAAGACGCAGCAGGCCAUGCUGGACCUGUCGCAGGCGCAGGCCGCCCCCGCGCCGCCCGCGCCCGCCCCCGCCGCGCCCACCGCGCACGACUACAACCGCAACUCCUGGCUGUGGCAGUACUACAAGCAGUUCGGCGGCGCGCUGCCCCCGCCCGACGACAAGCUCAAGCCGGCGGCGCAGGUGCCCGCGCAGCUGCCGCGCGACAAGACCAACGAGAACAUCCUGUACUCGCAGCUCGUGAAGGGCAAGGGCGAGGAGGGCGCGACCCCGGCCGGCGAGGGCGCGCGCGGCGCGGGCGACGCCCCCGAGCACAAGGAGCCUGCCAGUGCGGAGGCGCGCGGUGGCGCCAAGGCGCGCACGGUGCUGGACAGCCUGCUGUUCCACAACAACAACAACUCGCUGGCGGCGGCGGCGGGCGGCGAGGGCGACGCGCGCGAGGCGCUGGAGCACGGCGACAAGUUCCUGGCGUGGCUGGAGGCGAGCGGCGACCCCGCCGUGACCCGCAUGCACCUGCACCAGCUGCGCGCGCUGCUGCACAACCUGCGCGCGCGCCGCGCCCCCCCGCCGCCCGCGCCCGCGCCGCCCGCGCCCGCGCCGCCCCUCGCGCCCGCCCAGCGCAAGUAGGCGGCCCACACGCCACUCGAGACCUACAGGGAUUACUUCAAUUAUUGUAAAUAGUAAUUUAUAUCGUCGCCAGUAAGCGUUCACUUGUGAUAUGUGUAGCCAAAAUUGCGUAAUUUCUUUGUUCUAAAAGAAAAGCUAUGCGUUAUUUUCCUCUAGUGUUAAGACUAAGCGGUAGAGUAUAUUUAUUGUUCCGAUCGUUCCCGCGCUCCGCGCACCCGCGCCCCCGAGCACGCUUGUCAAGUUUAAUAGAUGAUCUGUUUAUGUAUCAAAUGUUAGGUGCAUAGUUCUAUGGAAAUAUUUUAACUUAGCCGAUCGGUGUUUCUGUUCUUGCGCACUGAUGUUACGAUAUUGUAGUUAGGAUCGGGUACUGUCCGCUGUAUGUUGCCAUAAUGAUGUCGAUUACAUUCCUAGUUGUACCCGCGGUAGGUAUACUUGGACCCUAUGUUCUACCUCAAGCCGGGCGUGGGCGGCGCCCCCGCGUCCACUGGCUGCGGCGCGCCCCCGCGUCCACUGCGUCCACUCGCUCACGGUGACAGUAAGUUAAGGGCUGGUGCACGCCGUGUCAUUGUUUUCUAUUGCUCAGUAUUUUAUAUGAUAGAUAUUCUCGAUGUCACUCGGAAUUGUAUAAUACGUUAACGUUAACAGUUAAGGAAACUGUGAUCAAAAUUAUAAAUUAUUGAGAGAUUUUUAAUAAUGUAAGUACAUUCCUAAUUAAUAGAGUGUUAUUGAGGUGAGGCUGAAGAGAUUGUCCAGACUAUAGAGACCUCCGAGCGCCGAGCGGUGCGCAACAAGUACCUAGUAGAUAAUUUAUUCGAGAGUUCAAAGUCUUAUUGUCUCCUCCGCAUUUGCAAUGUGAAAACUGCACUUUCGUUGCAUUUCGUAUGAAAAUCCGUCUCUGCGGUCAUGGAGGCUUAUCUUCGAGAGAUGAUAUUUUGUACAAAAUUGAUACCUAAUUGGAAAUUAUUACAAAUAAUUCUCUUAAUAUUAAAACAGAGUUUGUGAUCUCGAAAUGUUGAUUGAUUAUAUUUGAUUGAUCCUUAA